CUCUUCGGUCUGCAACUAGUAUAUCGCCUCGGAUGUCAGCACGAUUGGCAAAGAAGAUCCAUCCCUUUAUUCUUACAAAAAGUCGAGACAUCUAUCCGUACUUAGCUUCCAAGGAUUCCUUGGACUCGGUCGAGUCAUUGCGAGAGGAUCACGGUGGCGCAGGGAGCUCGACACUUGCAGCACCUACUCUCAAGAAGAAGAAGGGCCCCCUGCGUAACAUCAAUCUUGCAGAUGAUAGUGCAAAGGCUGCGCUCAUGGAAGAGUGGGCAAACCUUCGCAAGUCUCAAGGAACACUGCUGUCAAGUACGAGUGUAGGUAGGGAUACAACGCCACACCUAUCGAGCAACCGUGGAAGCCAGGAACCUUGCAAUGAAGCGUCUGGUGAAGUGGCUGAACCCAACAAACCGCACCCCGUUCCAGCCAACGACCAUAUAGAACAUACUCAUCCUCGGCCUUCCAGCUCCCUGUCUAACCAAGUGACUGAGCCACUCCUAGAUUCGGAUAUGCCUGUCACAAAUGAGUCGCUAUUCACUCCUUGCGCUCCCGCAGGAGGGGACAAUGGAAACAAUAGCCCAGGCUUCGCAUGUCCCUGUCAUGGGUUCUCUAGAGGUUGUGAACCAGCCCCUCCAACUACUUGCUACCGACAGCAAAAUCGCGACAUUACAUUCCCCAAAUUUUCGGCCAGGGCUUCUUCCGCCGUCGAUAUUGAGCUCGUUGUCUCAUCUCAAGCCGAUAUCGAGGAUGUCGUUUUGGGUUUUCACAUGCUGGACCUGCAUGAGGUGCUUUCGUCAUGGGUGCCAGUGUCUCCCACAGCGCCAUCUAUUUACGUCCCACCUGCUGUGCAGCACUUAAUCGCCGCCAUGAACCGUCAACUGGACUUUGAAUGCCAGGCUCGAAAACGAGCUGAAGAGCUUUAUCUAGAUGAAAUGCGCAAGCGCAUUAAGAUGGAAGAAGUGGUUGAUAGGUUACAGAGGGAACGGGGACAGGUAGAGGAGCAAGGUGCAUCUCAGCAGCCUCCCUCAUCGCAUGCUUCACCGCGUAGGGCUUCGGCGCACGCAAGCCCAGAAGAAGCUGGGCAACAGGAUGGUGAAGCUAAACCAACAUCCACCUGAUACCACUUAUCCGAAUGUCACGACGGAAGGUUCUUGUGCUUGAGGCAUCAAGUCAUUUCGCCACUCAACUUGCUUUCGAUCUGAUUCUACUUCUGCUUUGUCGCAAUCUAUACGAACUCGACGAUCGAUACCACAACGAUCUCCAUACAGAUCUCAGGUUUUCAUUA